AUGACAGUCAUCACUUAUUCAAGCGCUGCUGGAGGGCUUCCGAAAGAAAUCCAGAUUCUUAAACAUCCCCGUGCCUCCAGGAAUGUUCCAAAACUCCUGUUCGAGAUCCUACAACCUCGGACCGUGCUGGACCCCUCAGAGAAUCCGAUUCUAGAGCCUUGUGGGGUCAAAGGCCAGAGAUGGUCUAAAGAGAAGGAAGACCAGAAAACCAAGGGUGGUUCGAAGAAGGGAAAUUUGCAAAGGAAGAGGCAAACUUUGGCCGGAGGAGUCGGGAGAGAGAGGAUGACGAGAGGGAGGAGAGAGGAGCUGUGCAACUUAGGGAAGAGGGUAAUUGAAAAAGAUUCAAAAGAAAGAGGGAAAAACAGGGUGAAAGGAAAGGACCAGAGCAAGGCAGAUGUCUCAGGGAUUGUGUCAGCUGCAGAAACAGAAGGUGAGAUCACACCAUGGGAGAAAAUGACGAAGAAAAGCAAGAGCUGGUCUGUCUUUCUGUGGCUUUCCCUUCUGAAAAAGAAGACUGAAGAAAAGGUGAAGAGAGAGAAGAACGUCACGGAGAUGAGGUGCCAUCAUGUCUUCCCCUGGUUAGCUCUCCUCUUCCUCAGCCUGUGUCCAAAACCUGCUUCAUCACAGGGAAAUUUCCCACGAAUGGAGAACAUUGCUGCUUUCAAACCCGUGUCCAUCUCCCCACCUCGUUCCACCUGUGGGGUUCCAGAGCGGAGCAGCUACUGCCAGUCACCGUCCUCCCAGGCAGAUCUACUAACGUGUUACCAGGCCUUCUGUAUCCAGGAGUGCCCCUAUAGAUCCUCCACACCUCCAUAUGCUCCACUGCUGCUACCUGCACACAGGGGUUCCUGUGUAACUGAAGACCGUAAUGACACUCAUCCUGGGACUCAGACAGAGACUGGAACCACUACCAGUUCAGAGGGCCUUUCUGGUGGAUCCAGCAGUGUGCUGUUUCGACCAGUCGCAGAUGGAUGUCUGAUCUCUCCUCCUUCACAGAAACUAGGAGCAUUGGGUUCGCUCACCCUAGCAUUGUGGAUAAAACCAAGCUCUCCUGGAGAAAUGAUGCUGCUGGAGAAAAGCUUAGGAGAGCGGUUGGUUUUUUCUGUGACAGUGUCCGGGCAGGCGGUCACCCUGCGGUAUGUUGAGUCCAGGAGUCAGACCACUCUGACUGUCAGCUUCAGAACAGAGGGAAGACUUACACUUGAGAGGUGGACACACCUUGUUUUGCAGGUCCAUGACAGACGUGUCAGUCUAUUCCUGGAUGGGCUUGAGGAGGAUGGGACCCCAUUUGACACACGUCUUUUGGCUGCCAGGCUCUUUGACAUCAGCGAAGAUGGUGCCAUGUGGGUGGGACUCAGCUCUAAGGGGUCUAAUCAGUUCAUUGGGUGGAUGCAGGACUUUAGAUUUUAUCCUGCCACUCUGACCAACAGGGAAAUAGUGGAGUUGUACUCAGGAGUCCUGCCUGAGCUCCACGCCCAGUCAGAGUGUCGCUGCCCCCCCAGUCACCCCAGAGUACACCCUUUAGUUGAGAGAUACUGCAUUCCUAAUGCUGUUGAGGACACCACCAAUGACAGGGUCUUGAGACUGAACCUUAAUGCCCAUCCUCUCAGUUAUAUCAACGAUCAGGACAUGGGCACCACAUGGCUUUCUAAGAUUAUGACUACGCAGGAAAUGGAUGAAGGAGUCACAGUGACGGUGGAUUUGGCUAAUGGUCAAUACCAGGUAUUCUACGUUAUCGUUCAGUUUGGCGGCCUCUUGCCUGAAUCAGUACUCAUCCAAAGGCGGGGGCUAGACCUCACAGAACCUGGGAGUGGAACCACCACAGAGCAGCCAUGGUUAGACUGGCAGUAUAUAGCCAGAAACUGCAGUGUGUUUGAAAUGCAGAACAAUGGGCCUUUACUGAGACCAGACUCUGUCAACUGUCUGCAGCUGCCCAGCGAUGUGCCUUUCUCAGGAGGUAACAUCACAUUCAGCCUGCUGACCCCACAGCCAAACCUGAGACCAGGCUACAAUGACUUUUACAACACUCCUGCUCUGCAGAAGAUGGUACAUGCCACUCAAGUCAGGAUACACCUGAGUGGACAGUACCACACCAGAGUAGCUGGGGUGAACCAGCGACACAGAUACUACGCCAUUAAUGAGAUCACCGUCAGUGGCAGAUGUGAGUGUCAUGGCCACGCAGACCACUGUGAUACCAUUGUUACACCUUACCGCUGUCUGUGUCUGCCUGAGAGCCACACAGAGGGAAACAAUUGUCAGCGCUGUGCACCCCUCUACAAUGACAAGCCAUUCCGGUCAGGUGACCAGCUCCAGCCUAUGAACUGCCGACCUUGCCUCUGUCAUGGCCACGCCCUCUCCUGUCACUAUGACGUCCAAGUCGAUGACCAGCCAGAUGAGCACUAUCGAGGAGGAGGAGGCGUCUGUGACGACUGCAUGCACAACACAGCAGGUAAGAACUGUGAGCUGUGUAUAAGUGGGUUUUUCAGGCUUGAGGAAUCUGAUCCCACUUCACUUGACAUCUGUCGACCCUGUAACUGUCAUACCGCCGGGACAGUCAACGGCAGCAUGGAUUGUGCCCAGAUGGGAGGUCAGUGUCAGUGUAAUGCUGCGGUAACAGGCCGUCGGUGUGCAGACUGUUUGCCUGGCUGGUAUGGUCUGAAAGCCUCAAAUCCAAAUGGCUGCAUCCGCUGUAACUGCAGCGAUAUUGGUGUCAUCAGCAUCUCAACAGCAGCAGUUCCCAGCUGCAACCAGGAGACGGGACAGUGCCAGUGUAAACCCCAUAUCACAGGUCUUUCUUGUGACCGCUGUGAGUUUGGUUAUUGGAACCUGUCCCACCCAGACGGCUGUGUCCCAUGUGAUUGUGACCCCAUGGGUUCCAUCAGCCAGUUCUGUGAGCCUGAGGGGGGGCAGUGUGAGUGUAAGCCCGGGGUGGGGGGACAACGCUGCGACUCAUGUGGCAGCGGCUCAUAUGGUUUAAGACUGGAGGGAUCUUGCGCUCCCUGCAACUGCUCACAAGAGGGGACCGUACCAGGGACAGACUGUGAUCCUCACACAGGACAGUGUGUGUGUAAGAAACAUGUGGAAGGUCGCCACUGCGACUCUUGUCGUCAUGGUUACCAUACCCUGGAGCAUCGAAACUCCCUGGGCUGUCUGCCGUGUGCAUGUGACAUCAGUGGAACUGUGCCAGAGGGUACAUGUGAUAUGUGGACCGGACAGUGCCCAUGCCGAGAGGGGGUGGAGGGAGCACAGUGCACCAACUGUGCCCACAACUACUACAACAGGAGUUUAGACCUCCGCAAGGGGUUGUCCCACGGCUGUGUACCAUGUAUCUGUGACCCCAGAGGAACAGUGCCGGGGACCGUCUGUGACAGCACUACAGGGCAAUGCGUUUGUGUACCUACUCGCUAUGGACAGGAUUGCAGUAGCUGCCGACCCGGCUUCUAUCUCUCUCCAGAUCAGAGUAUGUGUGCGGAGUGUGACUGCCAUCCUAUGGGAGCAUUGCAGCGUGGGUGUGAGAGCCAGACCGGGCAGUGUGUGUGUGCCCAUCCCUCGGUGGGAGGGCGACGCUGUGACCAGUGUCGUGAGUUGUUCUUUGGAUUCAACCCUGGCCUGGGCAGAUGCCAGCCUUGUGCAUGUGACCCAGUGGGCAGUGUCAAUGGUUCAUGUCAUCCAGACUCGGGGGUGUGUGUGUGUAAGCCGCUGGUAACUGGAGACAAGUGUGAUGUAUGUCAACCUGGAGCGAGUCAUUUUGACCCUGAGAACCACUUUGGCUGCAGUAAAGCACCCUCUCAACAGCCUGCACCACUAGGUUUUGCUCUGAGUUAUUCCUCCAUUCAGCUCUCUUGGCAUCCGCCUGACUCCCCAAAUUCAAACAGACUCAACUACACAUUAAUCAGAGAUGGACAGUCAGUGCAUAUCAUCCAAAGUCACUAUCCUUUCAACCUGGAAUCAUUUGAAGACACUGGCUUGUCUCCCUACACCAACUACUCUUACUGGCUUAUAACAGCUAAUUUGGCCGGCAUGACAAUAAGUGCAUCAGCCUCGUACCACACCUUGGGUGCACCACCUGAAGCCGACCAGCUCCAUUUAAACCUUGUGGGACGACCAGGUCCAACCACAGCUAGCUUUAACUGGAGCUCACCACGAAAUGAUACAGGCCCAGUGGAAAGGUUUGUAUUAUCCUCCACUGAGUCAUCAAGAGCAGAGUCCAUCAUUCACUACACAGGCUUAUCUACAGAGGCUGUGGCAAGUGGUCUCAAGCCCUUCACCCAAUACACUGUAAUACUGGAGGCGUGCUCUUCCGGAGGGUGCACUUCUACCCCACCACUGUCUUUUCUGACAGCCUCUGCCCCGCCACAAAACCAACCUUCACCCAGAGUCACUGCUACAGGGCCUCAUACACUACAGGCUUCCUGGGAACCUCCCAGUCAGCCAAAUGGUGUCAUCACAAGGUAUGAGGUCUUCCUACGUGGACCAAUGGAAACACAAAACCUUUCAAGUAUACCAGUUGAGAGGAAAGUAUUCUUCAGCUCUGGUUGGUUGGAUCCAAGUGUUUCCCCAGAAACGCAGCAAACCAACAGGAGCACACUGUCACGCCCUGAGAACAGUACAGUUGUAGAAGGUCUGCAAGCGUUUUCCACCUAUCAGAUGAGAGUUGAGAGCAUCAAUGUGGCAGGAAGAGUCACAUCAGGGUGGACCACAGCACGCACCAUGGAGGGAGUCCCAGAGUUGAUGGCCCCUCCAGAAGUGUCUGCACUGUCAUCCACCAGUCUCAAAGUUUCGUGGAGCUCUGCUGAAGGUCAAGGGGUUAUUGCCAGAGGACAGGUGACAGAAUACCGGGUCAACCUGCUCACAGAGCAGACCAACAAUCCUUAUGCUCCUCCGGUGGUUAGUCAGGUCUUACACAGGACAGGACCGUCGUCACAGCCUGUUUAUAUAGUGAAAGAACUGAAGCCUUACCGUGUGUACAACUUCACUGUUACACUCUGCACAAAGACAGGUUGCAUUACCAGUCUGCCAAGCACAGGACGGACGCUGCCAGCAGCUCCAACAGGACUGUUUCCACCUCGAUUGCAUCCAGUGAAUGAAACCACCAUUCAGAUAGAGUGGGACCCCCCAGUCCAACUGAAUGGACCACACCCACUAUAUCAGGUGGAGAGGACAGAUGUGUCUCUCUCUGAUCCACAAGUUCCUGUUGUCAGAGGAACCAGAUUCCCCGGAAACAGUUACUACCAGUUUCCCAGUGACACUCUUCCCGUCAACACUGACUUUACAGGUAUUGAGCUGAGUUUCAAGACUCGGUCCCCAGAUGGCCUGCUGGUCUCUGCUUUCUCUCCUGGAGAUCAAGAAGAGUUCCUGGCUGUUCAAAUCAAAAACGGACACCCUUACUUUUUGUUUGACCCACAGGGCUCAGCGGUGGCUGUGAGUGUACAGGGUGAUGGAGGGCGACGCUACAAUGAUGGACAGUGGCACAGCAUCACAGCAACAAGGCGAGGGGCCGUGGGAACAAUCGUUGUAAACAAUCAAUACAGAGGAAGUGCGUCAGCUUCCAGCGGCAGCACCAUUAUUGGCAACAACACAGGGGUGUUCAUUGGAGGACUGCCUGAAGACUUUACCCUGCUAAGAGAGGAUUCAGGCGAUGCCCAGCUGGUGCGACAGAGUUUCUCUGGUUGCCUCAGAGAUGUGAGUUUUAAGAUGACUGACAGCCUCUCAGAAGAAUGGACAUCUCUGGACUGGGCAAAAGCCACAAAGAAGGUGGACGUGUAUGAAAACUGGGAGGGAUGUCCGAUUCACACCGUGGAUGGAGCCCAUUUUCUGGGUCACGGUUACUUGGAGCUGGACAGAGAUGUAUUCAGUGGAGGAUGGGACUUUGACAUUUCCAUGGAUUUCAGAACAGACCAGCUCAAUGCACUUUUGCUCUUUACGUACAACACACAAACUGAAGACUACAUGCUGGUGGAGCUGGAGGCCGGUCUCCUGUCCUUCAUUCUUGCCUCUGAAGGUCAUGUGAAUGAACUCAGCAUGUGGGUGGGGCUUAGCUACUGUGAUGGAGACUGGAAACAGUUGUCAUUGGCAAAACGCGGCUCACUCAUCUCUGCAGCUGUCAAUGACUGGGCAGAGGAGGCAAGGGGAGUGGGAGGAGCAACAAGGCUGAGAGUUGACUCCCCCUUAUACUUAGGGGGCGUGCCCAUGGAGCUCAUACAUCCUGCUCUGGACAGCCGAAGUCACAAACACGGCCUAGGAGGUUGCAUAAGGGAUCUUACUAUACGAAAGGAUGAAACAAACCCUCCUGCCCGUCAAAGUGUUAAUCUCUCUGUUGCCUACCGGCGUUCUGUUAGAGUCUAUUUAGAUGGAUGCCCCACCGCUGAAAGCCGGUACAACUGCAGAGGAAACGAUUCGGUGUUGGUGUAUAGUGGGAGAAAGACCGAAGCCACAGAUUAUAGUCUUCAGCCUUUCACUGAGUACUUGUACAGGUUUGUGGCCUUGGCUGCUGGAGGCUGGGCAGCAGGACCUUGGCAGAGAGGACGCAGCCGAGGCAGAGUACCACGGACUGUACUGCCUCCUACCAUAGUGCAGAGCUUGAGCGGCUUCCGUGCCAAGGUGAGCUGGGUGCCACCCACUGGUGACAUCAGAGGGCUGAUUGACAGAUAUGAACUGAAGGCCUACAACAGUGACCGGCCAGAUGCACCACCUGUCAAGGCCGUGUUUCUGGCUAAUGGAAAUUUCACAGGUGUGUUGUCAGGUCUCACACCAUCCACUCGAUACAUUGUCACUGUCAGUGCCUGCAGUCCUGUUGGCUGCACUGAGAGUCUUCGUUAUGACAACGGUGAUGAUAAUGAUUUAAGAUCGAGCCUCACAACCCCAGAGGAAGCUCCAGAUGCUGUCUCUCCUCCAGCUGCUGUCUCAUCCCCCUCAGCUCUCUAUGUAACCUGGGAACCUCCAGCAAGGCCCAAUGGAGACAUUACCGAGUACCUCCUCUAUCACAACAACCAAAUGGUCUACAGGGGAAAAGGCAGACAACACAACAUCACUGGUCUUGGAGUGUACUCCACUCAUGUCUUGCUACUGAGUGCAUGCACUUCAGUGGGCUGCACCAACAGUUCACAAGUUACAAUGGUGACCUCUCAGCUUCCUCCUGGGCCUCUACAAGCACCAAAUCUUACCCUGCUAGACUCACGGACUAUUCUGGUGGAGUGGUCCCGGCCUUCUCAGGUCAAUGGCGCUUUGCAGUUCUAUUCCAUCUUCCUGUCACAUGAUGGUGCAUGGCCUGUGCUCGCCUAUAACAGCUCAGAACUUUUUGAAGACCACACACUUCGCAACCUAACCCCUGGAACAACUUACACCAUCACAGUGGCUGCCUGCACAGGAGGUGGGUGUACCUUAAGCCCUCCCAGCCAGGCUCAGACUGAGGAGAGCACCCCAGAGAAUGUUCCUGCUCCGCUGGUCACCGCUUUGUCCCCAUAUGCACUUAAUGUCAGCUGGAGACCUCCUGACACUCCGAACGGUAUCAUAACCAGCUAUGGUCUCUGGCUGGAUGGUGUUCUCGUUUUAAACUCCAGUUCCUUCCAGAGGUUCUUUGUGGUGGAGGGGCUCUCUCCAUGGAGCCGACACGUACUCAGGCUGCAGGCCUGCACUGCACAGGGCUGCGGCAAGGGACCAAUGGUGGAGAUGCGUACAUUAGAGAUGGCCCCAGAAGGCCCCAUUCUGCUGGAACUGACCAAUCAGAGCUCUCGAUCACUCCGAGCUCGCUGGACAGCCCCUCCAAGACCAAAUGGGAACCUCAGCUACACACUGUACUACAAAAGCACAGACGGUGAUGGUGUGUUAGAUGGAAGUACAGCAGCCGGCAGCUGGUUGUCUGUGACUGACCUACAGCCUUACACCAACUACAGCUUCUGGAUCAGAGGGUGUAACACACAGGGUUGUGUUGAGAGCCUGCCACUCAAUGUUACUACACCUCCAGCAGCCCCAGAUGGGUUGUCACCUCCGACGUUGGCACAUGCAUCUAGUGCUAGUCUUAAUGUAUCCUGGUACCCUCCUGCCCACUCCAACGCACCAGGCCCGCUCCGAUACAGCCUGCAAAUGAGGACAUCCCCACAGAGGCCAGUGAUAAGGCUUUUGGAAAACGCAACAGACACCUUUUCAUAUCACGUAGAGGGCCUGUCACCAUACGCACAGUAUCUGUUUAGAGUGGUGGUCUCACACACCCAUGGGCAGACAGUUGGUCCCUGGGCGGCCCUGCGCACUGCUGAGGACAGUCCAGGACUAGUGGACAGUCCAACUGUAUCAGGGCUCCAUCCUCGAAGUGCAACAGUUACCUGGGUUCCUCCCUCACAACCAAAUGGCAUUAUCACCAAUUAUACCCUCUUUCUUUGGCCCAACUCCAUCUCUUCUGUAGAUUUCAAACCCAGCUCAGUCUCCAGCACCAGCACGACCCUCAACUCCAACUUAGGUCCCACCCCAGGCCUGUUGCCCAGCACUGAGGGUCCAUAUCACAACUCAGAUCAUAGCCUUAGGCCAACAUCCAGUCUUACCUCCACUGACUCAAGCCACGUCUCCAUGACUACUUUCAACACAGGCACUAAUGGCACUUCAAACACAAUCCAAACCACUAAGCACAACCUUGUCCCUAAACCUUUUUAUAGUUUGAGGCCUGUUGUCACAGAAGACAAACUUAUCGAGUCUACCCGUGUAAGCAAUACAAGCCAAGGCACCUCUUCCAUUUCAUUCCACCCCACUGAAUCAGGUGCCACCAGUAUAAAUCCAAGCCCCAGCCUUUUACUGUAUAACCCAGUCUACAAUGCAACCAGCUCUAAUAAUGAGCAUUUUAAAAUAAAACACCCCUUCCACAGUCCUAUCUCCAGUUCCUUUAGUGCAGUUUCAGAUUUAAGUUCAUCUACUCUGUCAGUCACUGUUCCAGGGAACACCACUGGGUACACUUUCCUCGAUCUACUGCCAUACCAGUCCUACAGCCUGCAGGUGGAAGCAUGCAACAGUGUGGGUUGUUCAGUGUCUGAGAUGGCUCAGCAUUUUCGUACCCUCCCAGCUCCCCCUGAAGGGGUUCCUGCACCUCACCUUUACUCUGACACCCCCACCUCUGUUCUCUUGUCUUGGGGGGCACCAGAGUGGAGCAAUGGACCACUGGAUCGGUGGCUGAUUGAGCGUAGAGUUGCUGGGACCAAGCAAGUCUCUACAGUGGGCCAGCUCCCACCAGACUCUCCACCUCUUUCCUUCCUGGACUCUUCGUCAGCUCUCAGUCCCUGGACUAGCUACCAGUAUCGACUUGUGCUCCAUAACCAGGCUGGUAACACCACAGGACCCUGGGUCAGCAUCACCACCAGACCUUCUCGGCCAGCUGGUCUCAAUCCACCGAGGGUGAAGGUCUUGGGGCCAGAGUCGCUUCAAGUCAUAUGGUCUCCUCCUCUUAUUCCAAAUGGAGAAAUUCACGGCUAUGAGAUCCGCCUCCCAGAGCCCCGCAUCUUCCAUGACAGUGGCAACUCAUCUGAGUCCAGCAUCACAGUGACAGACCUCAUUCCAUUCACAAACUACAGUAUUACUGUACUGGCAUGUUCCCAGGGUGGUGGACACGUUGGAGGAUGUACAGAAAGCCUGCCUACUCCAGCUACCACAUUACCCACAAGCCCUCAAGGCCUUGCACCACUGUCAGUAGUGGCAGUCAGUGAGUCCUUCCUAGCCAUUUCCUGGCAACCACCAAGCAGACCCAACGGACCUAACAUCAGAUACAAGUUGCUCAGACGUAAAACCCACCAGCCCCUGGCCAUCACCACGGUCCCCACAGUAACAGCUACAUCCCCUCCCCCCUCUGAAGAUCUCCAUCGCUGGCUCCAUGUUUACUCCGGCACCAAAUUGUUCUACCAAGAUAAAGGCCUAAGCAGAUUCACCCGUUACGAGUACCAGUUAGUCGUCCAUAAUGAUGUGGGCUUCUCCUCAGGAGAGAUUGUUACUGCGGUGACCAUGGCGGGGGUUCCCCUCCACCCUCCAUCUCUUUCUGCCCACGCUAUCAAUCACACUGCAGUACAGGUCAACUGGACACAACCCUCUUUGCAAGACCUGCAGGGAGAGGUGGAAUCUUACUUUCUUGCAAUAGAGUCUCCUAAGUCAAGUCGAAUCUUGGCCUUACCCCCUGAGAUCAACUUUGCAGUUAUAAAUGACCUUUGGCCCAGUACCACAUAUCUAGUGUCAUUACAGGUGUCCAACGGAGCACAUAAUACAACUAAGGCAAUAGCUAACGUCACUACGGAGGAUGGAGAGCCACAUGGGAUGUCCGCCCCAGAGGUGGUUCCAGUUGAUAGCAACGCGAUACGUGUCCUCUGGCUCCCUCCUCUUCAGCCCAAUGGAGCAGUUACUGGUUACUUCAUCUACGUUAAUGACCGUCUCCAUGGCAGUGUGGACAACAGCUCAGGGUCCUACCUGCUGGGGGACCUCCUGCCUUUUACUGUCUACAACGUACAGGUGGAGGUGUGUACUGUGUAUGCAUGUGUGAGAAGUGAUGUUACUCAGACAACUACUGUAGAGGACCUGCCCUCUGACCUGGGCACGCCGCACUCACAAGUGAUCAGUCCCAGGGUGGUGAGGUUGGACUGGUCCCAUCCAGGCAGACCCAGUGGCAUCAUGCUGGGUUAUGAGGUUUUAAGACGGACCUUGAGGUCAUGUGCCGGUGUGUCAACAGUGGUUACAUCCUCUGUGGGGGAAGAGUCAGAAGGUGCAGGUGGUUUAAGGUUCAGAUGUUCCUACCUGCAGUGUCCUGCAAGUCACGGUGUGUGUGGGACAUCCUGCUUCCAUCCUGACAUACAGGUUUGCUGUAGUGGACUGUUGUACACUAAGAAGCCACAUCAUCAUUGCUGUGAGGGCAGUUACCUCAGUUUGGGUAAUUCCUCCAACCCUGUAUGCUGCAAUGGCAAACUGCUCCCAGCUCUCCCAGACCACCAGUGCUGCGGAGGAUACUAUGUUCAUGUAAAAACCGAUGAAUACUGCUGUCCUGACCACUCGCAGGGCCGGGUCUCAGUGGGGCUGGGUGACAGCUGCUGUGGGGGGGUUCCUUACUCCACGAAAGGCGGCCAGCUCUGCUGUAGUAGGAGCCUGCAUGACGGCUAUGGGGUUCAAUGCUGCGGAGGCCGUAUUGUAGACGAUACACUGGUGUGCUGCGGUGACGCUGAGAGGGGGGAAGUGCAUACGUAUACCCCAGGUUUUAUCUGCUGUGGUCUGGAGUAUAUUAACUCUUCAGCCUCUCUGUGCUGUGUGGGCAAAGACGGCUAUCCCACAUUGCACCCUGCUGGCAAUGCCACAGUGACACUGCAGUGCUGUGGGUCAAAGGUCAUACACCAGGAAGAAAAAUGCUGCAAUGGGAUUGGCUAUGACCCUCGACGACACGUGUGUGCUGAUCGUCCCACACCCGGCUUGUCAAUAGAGCACCAGUGUUUGCACGGAGCUGUGUGUCCUCUAGCUGCAGCAUCUACAGCUUACUGUGGCUCCUGUGACCUCGAUCCAUCUAUGACUGCCUGCACAUGGGUCCUGUCUGCACACACACACCCUGACGCACCCUCCACAACAUACUCACCUUCCAUCAACAUCGCGCAGGAAACUCUCACUGCGAGCCUGUCUGCAGAUGGAGACAGAAGUGAUAACACAUUCAAAAUGGCAGAUAUAUACAGUCACACACACGCUGAGAAGGUACGAUAUGAGGGAAGCCUGUGCCCAUCGCACGAGGAAGUAGUGUACAGCGGAGAUGCCAGCACAUAUACCUAUACAGACUCUAACCUGGAGCCCUUCACCACCUAUGAGUACAGAGUUAGGGGCUGGAACAGCUUUGGACGCGGCUCCAGCAACGUUAGAACAGUGACCACCAGUGAAGAAAAACCAUGGGGAGUGGCACCUCCCCGUUGGAGUCGCCUUGGUGAACGAGAUGAUAUCAUCCACUUGCAAUGGCAAGCACCUGCCAGGCCUAACGGGGACAUCACCCACUAUGUUAUACUGCGGAAUGGACAAGAACGUUACCGUGGUGAUGAAAACAGUUUCACUGAUGUGGGUGGGAUCAGGCCUUUCCAGGAAUACAGCUAUCAGCUGAGGGUCUGCAACCGGGCUGGUUGUACUGACAGUACACAGGUGGUGGCAGUCACAGUCCAGGGCGUCCCAGAGGGCGUACAGUCUCCAGUGGUGACAGCUUUAACUCCCUCCUCCCUCAACGUGAGCUGGUCUGAGCCUACUAGUCCCAAUGGAAUAAUACAGCGGUACCACCUGAACCAGACAGGUGUUGGAACCAUAGUUACGCACACUCAUGGACCCAGAAAUUGUACUGUGUCUGGUUUGCAGUCGUACACAGACUACAGUUUUGUGCUGGUGGCCUGUACUGCGGUCGGAUGUGGAGCCAGCUUGCCUUCCACAGGACGCACCCUGCAAGCCUUCCCUAAUGGUGUAUGGUCAAGGCCCAGACACCUGAUAAUAAACACGUCUGCAGUGGAGCUGUACUGGGAUCAGCCGUCCCAGCCUAAUGGACACAUCUCCCAGUACAGACUGAAGAGAGACGGUCACACUAUUUUUACCGGAGACCACCGUGACCGGAAUUAUACGGACACUGGACUCCUGCCAAACCGCAGGUAUGUGUAUGAGUUGGAGGCCAGUACAGGGGGUGGGACUGGUGUGAGUGACAAAUAUGUUAUACUAACUCCUGUCUCGUGCCCCACUGGAAUCCCUCCUCCCCACAAUGUGACAGUGUCAGGCCCCAACUCCAUCUCUCUUGCCUGGACCCGUCCUGUUCAGCUCAGCAGCAGCCAGCCUGUAACCUACAACAUCCUGUUAAAUCCAGGAAGUGACAGAGCCAUAAUGCGUCAUGCGGGGCAAGACCUGCAACUGAAUGUGACCGGUCUAGAGCCUUUCACCACCUACAACAUCAGAGUGCAGGCCUGUCAGAUUGAAGGGUGUGGGGUAGGAGAGGUACUUUCAAUUCGAACUUUAGAGGCCGCCCCAGAAAGUCUGCCAGCCCCUACAAUAGAGGCAGCUGGAGCCAAUGUCCUGGAGAUUCACUGGUCAACUCCCCAAAAACCAAACGGACUCAUCACCUCCUACCAUAUAUACAGGCGUCCGUUGGGAACAGAGGAGGAGCUGCUGGUUUUCAUCUGGACCAGUGGGCCGCUUGAAUUUUUUGAUGCGAGCCCCACCCUGAAACCUUUCAGCUACUUCCAGUACAGGGUUCGAGCCCACAACUCCAAAGGCUCAGUUCUGAGCCCGUGGGCUUUAGCCCAGACGUUACAGGCAGAACCCCAAGAUAUGGCCCCUCCCACGGUUACAGCCACUGGUGCAUACUCAGUCCAUCUGAAAUGGUAUGAACCGAGACAGCCCAAUGGUCUAAUUUCUCAUUAUAGACUGGUUUACAAGAAGCACCAACAGGACCCAACGCUCAACUCAACUGCUAUUACUGCUCUCACUGUGAAGAGUUCAGUCCGCGAAGCGACAGUCUAUGGUCUUGAACCAUAUAGUCAGUACAGUCUACGAGUGGAUGCCGUGAACGGGGCAGGCAGCGUGUCCAGUCCAUGGGUAGGCAUUAGGACCCUGGAGGCUUCUCCGGCAGGCCUGACUAACUUCACAGUGGAGCAGAGGGAGCAGGGCAGGGCAUUAAUUCUUAGCUGGGAUCCACCGCGUGCUCCGAAUGGAGUCAUCACGAUGUAUAACUUGUACAGUGAGGGGAAUCUGGAGUUCAGUGGUCUAUCGCGCAACUUCCUGUUUCGACGUUUGGAGCCAUGGACUGUUUAUACUUUGACUCUUGAAGCUUGUACCUCAGCAGGCUGCACACGCAGCCCUCCUCAGCACAUCGCCACAGCAGCAGCCCCACCUGCUUUCCAGCCUCCACCCAAACCUGUCUUCAUUGGCCCAGACCAGGUGUCACUUAGCUGGGGACCUCCUUCUCAGCCCAAUGGCCCAAUUGGAGAGUAUUUCUUACUUGGGAGAAGUGUGGAAGAAUUGGGAAGGGGAAGAAGUAAUGAAGAGGAUACUGAAAGGGAAAAGGUGCUGUUCAGAGAAUCAUCCCCACAACAAACUGCCACCCUAUCCUAUUUAGUGACUGGUUUACGUCCCUGGACUCAGUAUGAGUUUAGUGUCCGUACGCACAACCCCGCUGGACACACCAACAGCCCCUGGAUAACUGUAACAACCAGACAGGCCCCCCCUCGUGGCCUAGCCCCACCAACAGUGAGUCACAUCGAAGGCCGGCCCAGUGAAGUGUUGGUCUCUUGGACACCUCCUUUGCAGCCCAAUGGGGUACUUCAGUCUUACAGGAUUCAAAGAAACAGUAUUAGUUUCUCAUUUAGUUUUGACCCAACUGUCCUCAGCUACACUGAUGAAGACCUCCUGCCAUUUUCAACAUAUAGCUACUCAAUCAUAGCCUGUACAUCAGAGGGAUGCAUCACCAGUCCUCAUACCAACAUCACAACCUUAGAGGCUCCACCUGCUGCAGUAGAAGCUCCCACAGUGGACAACAUAACAUCCAACAGUUUAAACAUUUCCUGGAGCAAACCACUGACGCAGAAUGGAGAGGUUACAGAAUAUGUGCUGAAACUAAACAGCGAAGAGGUUUAUCGUGGGAGAGACCUCAAGGCAGUGCUGUCAGAUCUGCGGCCUCACACAUCAUAUCAGCUAGCUCUGUUGGCUUGUACCAGUGGUGGGUGCACCACCAGCACCACAAUAUCCACUGUAACUGAGGAGGCUCCUCCCAUUGGCCUGUCUGCCCCGACUCUUAAGGUCACUGGCCCAGAGUCAGUGGAAAUUACCUGGAGACCACCAGAGCACCCUAAUGGCAUCAUCACAGGGUACGAACUCUGCAGAGAUGGCGAAGUUAUCUAUGUUGGCACAGAGACACAUUACCACGACUUCACACUUUUGCCAAGCGUGGAAUACAGCUACACUGUCAGGUCCAACAACAGCAGAGGGGCAGUGAGCAGCGCUGCAGCCUCAGCAAAGACUCACCCAUCAGCUCCUUCUGGUGUCGGUCUCCCCACGCUGACGCCUCUGGGACCAAGUGAGGUGAGAGUGGAGUGGAGUUCUCCAGUUCGUCCUAAUGGAGACAUUGUGAGUUACACUGUGUAUCAGAGAGAUCCAGUCCAGGUCAACAUCACCAACACUGUGUUCACUCCAAGGGAUAGUGCCUUCUCUGAUCGGCACACCACUCUGCAUGGACUGGCUCCUUACCACAGGUAUGAGAUGAGGGUGGAGGCUUGCACAGCGCUGGGCUGCUCCUCCAGUGACUGGUCAUCUAUACUCACUCCAGAGGCUCCCCCUGCUGGACAGACAGCACCGCUGUUAGACCUGCAGCCUGACCAGCAUACCAGCCUACAGACCACCUUUCUGCUCACCUGGUCCCCUCCAGCUCAGCCAAAUGGUAGAGUCCUGCACUAUGAAGUUUACCGCAGAUUGGACCAUACCACUGAUGACCAAAGAAGUGAUGCAGCAACACUUGUAUACAGGAACGUCUCCACUGCACACAGAGAUGAAGGACUCCGGCCAUACACUCUGUACCAGUAUCAGGUGUGGGCAGUGAAUUCAGCUGGUCAUACUGGCAGCCCGUGGGCCAGUGGGAGGACAGGACCUGCACCGCCUGAGGGUGUAGGCCCACCUGUUUUCCUGCGUGUUUCAGCAACCUCAGCAGUAGUGGACAUUCAUCCUCCAGCUCAACCCAAUGGGAUUGUUAGCCUUUACAGAGUGUUCUCACUGAACCACAACAACCACACUCUGCUCUCAGAGGGUACAUCCCAUCAGCAGACUCUCCAUGGCUUACGCCCUUACACCCAGUACUGGGUAGGAGUAGAGGCCUGCACCUGUUAUCAGUGCUGUAGCCAGGGUCCACUGAGUGAGCUCCACACACUGGCUGCACCGCCAACCGACCAGCCUCCUCCUCGUCCUCUCACCCUGACCUCCCGCUCUGUUCAGCUGGAGUGGGACGAGCCUCUGGCACCUAAUGGAGUCAUAGAGAGCUGUGAGCUACAUCUAAGAUCACCUUGCCCACAGCCCACUCAGCCUGUGCCCCUCCCUUGCGUUGAAGGACCAGUUGAAAUCUGUUUCUUUGGCAAAAGACGAAGCUACAAUGUGACAGGUCUCCAACCAUACUCCACCUAUGAGCUGAGAGCUGCCUGCUUCAACAACAUGGGCAGCACUGCCUCCAACUGGACAACUGUUACUACACUGAGUGAAGCCCCCCAGUAUGUGUCUCCUUUUUCAGUGGGCAGUAAUCUGACAGUCAUUUGGCUGGACUGGGCGGGGUCCUUCUCCCUCAACGGAUACCUGAAGGAGUAUAGUGUGACUGAGAGCCAGCUGAGGGUCUAUACUGGCUUUUACAGCCAUCUCCAUAUUCCACGCACCUCACAGAAAACUCUGUCAUUUCAGGUGACUUGUACUACAAACAGUGGCAGUGCCAGUACUCCCACCAUCAGAUACAGCCCUGCCACAGGCCUUGGUCCUCCUGAGCCUGAAGACAGUGGUAAACAGGGCGUCAGUAUGUCGGCAACCCCGGUUUACUCUGAGCUGUGGUUCAUCCUGCUGUUAGCACUGCUGGGUCUCUUUCUGCUAGCAAUACUGCUGGGUCUGGUGCUACAAAGAGCCUUGAGGAAGAAUCCAUCAGCCAGAGAGCGCCCUCCGCUGGUCAUGCUUCAGAAGACCAGGAAGGCGGGAGGAGAGACGUACAUGAGGCCCUGUCCUGAGCUGUGCUCUAAACAUCACUCCGGCUCUGUGCUCCUCCCUGAUUGCUCCACAGGUCUGGCAGACACAAAGAUAGUUGGCAGCAGCUCGCGGUUCAGCCCCAUGUCUGUCUUGCGAGUCCCCAGCCAAACAGACCUCAGUCAAGCCUGCGCCCAGCAUUCCCUGCACCGCAGCGUCAGUCAGCUGAUUGACAGGAAGUCACUGAUGAUGGAGGAAGGAAGCUGGGACAACCCGCUGGGACAUGAUUCUGGGCUGUAUGUGGAGGAAGAUGAGUUUGUGGACGCCAUCAAGGCCUUAAGUUCUGUGAAAAAGGAACACACCAUGUUCACUGACACUCAUCUCUAAGACAGGAUCCCUACAUCUAAUCAGGUAUCGCAGUUUCAAACCCAGGCAGUAAAACAUUCAUACGUGUUAUUUGGUGUUAGCUGAGGACAAACAGGAGUUGUAACGGGAUUGGGAGGUACGGAAAUGAUUUUUAAUAUGAUAUGGGAAGUCUUAAAAAGACUGCAAGAGAAAUAUUGUUCACCAUUGCUGACCAAUGAUUAUUUUCAUUGCAUUUUAAUUAUGUUCA